AUGAAGGCCCCAAAAACACCAGAAUACGAAUUCGGCGGCCCCAUCGGCGCCACAGGCAUCGUCUUUGGUCUUCCAGUUCUCAUGCAACUUCUCUAUCUCGGCUGCAACGACGUUUCAGGAUGUCCCGCGCCAGCUCUUCUUGAACCCAAAACAUUGACGUGGCAGAAAUUCAAGGAGCAAACGCCCUGGCCAAAGGAGGGUAUCUGGGGAUUAAUGAGCUGGGAGGUCACAGGGUGGCUUUUUGCUUAUUAUUUUCUGAGUCUGGUGCUGUAUCGCGUUUUGCCGGCGCAGGAGGUUUAUGGUACGAAGUUGAGGGAGUCGGGUAAGGCGCUGAAGUAUCGCUUCAAUUCCUUUUCCUCAAGCGUUGCGCAAUUGGCUGCAUGCGCUGUUGGAACUUACAUCUACGGCGCUGAAUUCCCCGUCUGGACCUUCAUGACCACCAACUAUCUCCAACUCCUCACCACAAGCACCGUCCUAACCUUUAUCGUCUCACUCUACGUCUACAUCGGCAGUUUCUCCGUCAAGAAGGGCAAUCCCCAGCUGCGCGAGCUCGCUAGAGGUGGACACACUGGCCGCAUCAUUUACGACUUCUUCAUCGGCCGUGAACUCAACCCUCGCGUCACGCUUCCCAUCUUCGGCGAGAUCGACAUCAAGUCUUGGUUGGAAAUGCGCACUGCUCUUACAGGCUGGAUCUUGUUAAACUGCGCUUUCAUCGCUCAGCAGUAUCGCAACUAUGGCUAUGUUUCUGAUAGCAUCUUGGUCAUCGCUACGGUCCAAGCUUACUACGUGCUUGAGGGUCAGUACUCAGAGCUUGGACUAUUGGGUAUGAUGGAUAUCACCCAAGAUGGUCUUGGAUUCAUGCUUGUUUGGGGUAACAUGGUCUGGGUCCCUUUCCUCUACUCGACUCAGUGCCGCUACCUCUCUGUCUACCCCGUUCACCUGGGACCUAUCGGUGUGUCCGCUAUCGCCACAGUCUUUGCCAUCGGGCUGUACAUCUUCCGAUCCUCCAACAACCAAAAGGCUCUCUUCCGCAAGGAUCCCAACCACCCUGCCUUUACAAACAUGACCUUCAUCCAGACCAAGCGUGGAACCAAGCUUUUGACAGGCGGAUGGUGGGGAAUGGCCCGUCACAUCAACUACUUUGGUGAUUGGCUUCAGUCUCUUCCUUUCUCGCUGCCGACCAAGUUCGCUGGUUAUGUUAUUCUGCCAGCGGGUAGUGCUGUAGCUGGAAACGAGGUUGUCAAGAUGCUGGAUGGUCGCUUGGUGACUCCCGAUGGCGCUGCACCUUGGGGUAUGCUGUUUACGUACUUUUACUCAGCUUGGUUUGGGUUCCUGCUUAUUCAUCGGGAGAGGAGAGAUGAUGCGGCUUGCAUUGAGAAGUAUGGUAAGGAUUGGGAUGAGUAUAAGAAUCAGGUGAGGUAUAGAAUUCUACCUGGUAUUUACUAA